AAAUGAAAAGACUUAUCAUUAAAUAUUUUUUUAGAUAAGAAUUUAAAUGAGACGAAAUAUCAAAGCGAAUACCACUUUUAUUUCAUUACAGAUUGUGUAGCCAUGUUGACAACAUUUAUUACUUGAAUAUGGUAAAAUACCUUACAGGGAAGGUGUUAGAAAUGUUCUUUUUUACUUUUGAUAAGUAAAGUUUAUAACAAUGUUUCAAAAUAAGUUUGCGUUAAUUAUAUGCGCUUUUACGGCUGUUUUUACAGGAACAAUAGCAGCAAAAGAUUAUCGAAACAAAACAAUAGAUUGCGUUUUUAAGCAAUAUAAUGAAUGCUAUAAAACAAUUGGAAGUUUAGGAGCAAAUUUUUCAGCUAGAUAUGACGAAACAACCGCUGAAAUAAAUGCUACCUGCAACUCAUCAAGGACAGUGACAGAACGAUGUCUUUCAGACAUAACGACUAGCUGCAAUACAAGAUUAGAUAGCAGCAUUGGUCUCUCCGUUAAUUCUUUAAUUGGAUCACUUUGCAAUAAUAAGUCAAAAGAACAAGCAAGGUUUCUUAAUUCAAGUGCGUGUUAUAACAAAAACCAGAAAAGAAGAAUAGACUGCGUGACUUCUUAUAGCCCCGGCUCUAAUACUGAUGCACGAUCAUUAUGUUGCUCAUUGCAAAAGCAACAAGAAUGUCUACGGGAUAACAUGACUCUUGUGUGUACUCAUAAUGCAACUGACUUUCAAAAUCACUUAGUAAAUGAAUAUCGGAAGGUUCAUUUUAUUUUAUGUGGCACAUACUUUAAAUAUUGUAAUAGUGCCCCGAUACUGGGUGGUUAUUUGUUAACAAUAAUAGUAGUAAUAGCAAUAACACUUCUGUGAUUUUUAUGCUUAUUAUCUGCAGGACGUGUACAUAGAUGUUGAAUAAAUUAUGUUUUUAUUUA